AUGGAUCCUAUCAGUGCCGCUGGUAUUGCGCUGAGCGUAGCCUCGUUAGCUGGUCAAGUGUUCACAGGAUGCAUCCAAGGCAUUCAAUUCAUCAUCACCGCCAAAAAUCUCCCAGAGGAAUCCAAAUAUCUAAACCUGAGAUUGCGGAUGGAACAGCAACGACUCUUUGCCUGGAGUGAAACGUCAGGUCUCCUUGAUCUUCAAAACGACAACGACCGAAAAGUCCGAGAAUCAAAUACCUUUGUGAUCCACCGAACCACCAUCUUGGAUCUUCUCGUUCAGAUCCAAUGUCUAUUCCAAGAAUUUGAGAAGGCACAGAAGAAGAAUUCACAUCUAAUAGUCGUUCCCGAGCCCGGUGGCUCAGACGAUGAUUUCGUACAUGACCCAGCGAAAGAUUCUUCCACCGCCCACGUACCUUUGCCGGAAAGACGAAGGCACUUUAUAAUCAAGGCCAUGAGCGCUCUCAAGUCUACGACAGAGGACAAUCUUAGUGAAGGGAAGCGAAGGCUCAGAUGGGCAGCCUUUGACAAAGACGCAUUUGAGGAACUUCUCCGGCGCUUUUCGGCGUUGAACGACAACAUGACGGAUAUUCUGGAUGCCCGGUUACAGACUGAGAUUCAUCGUACAACCCAAGACACGAACCGAGGUGUUCUACAACUCCACAAAGAUCUCUCAUCCCUCCACCGGCUCGUCAUGGCUUUAGAUAUCAAGAUGCAAGCGCAUGCAUACCCCGUUCCUGCAAUUCCUGAGUAUGCUCCAGCGAAUGAUGCUUCCGGUCUUCGUCUCCUCGCUCAGCUAGCUAAAUUCAAGGCGUUCAACGAGUCCCUUGAGAAUGAAGGAUCUCCUUGGGACGAUGCAACGGCAUUGGUUCUAAGUCUUGGCCAUCCAGAUGCAGAGAAAGCCAACACCAGAAUCAAUCGAUCCGAUAUUAUGCUGGAACCAGUAAAGUCUGGCAGCGAUUCAAGUGCAAUUCGUUCCGAAGCAAUAUAUAGGCAGAACGGGACUCAACGUGUAUGGAUUGAGUGGAAAGACUACGAUUAUCAGCUGCCAGGAUCUCCAUCACCGCCACCUCUCAUCGUAGAUCGUGUUCAGAGACUUGCUUCCUUGCUUCACCACAAACCAAAACCAGAAGCUUUCAGAGUGCCACAUUGUUUGGGGUAUUUUGACAAUGCGAGGCGACACAACAAUUUGGGUAUCGACACCGAGGGUGACGAUGACGGUGUAGAUACUCGGAUUGGCUUCGUUUUCGAGAAGCCAAAGGACCAAGAUAUCUCUCCGGAAACACCACCGAUAUCUCUUUUUGAGCUCAUCAACUCCUCGGCAAAGCCACGAGUCACAGAAAGGAUUCACGUUGCUCACGCAAUAGCGAAUUGUCUUUUGUAUCUCCACAGCGUUAACUGGUUGCACAAGGGUUUAAGAUCUCACAAUAUAGUCUUCUUCCCCGUCACCACAAAGUACAAGGACGGAGUAAGGACUAAAAUAGAUUACAGCAAGCCCUACCUCUCCGGGUUUGACUUCGCUCGACCAGCAAGGGCAGAUGAGCAAACUGAGAUCCCCGGCGACCAUGGAGCCUACAAUUUAUAUCGGCAUCCGCAUACUCAAGGGCAUGGCUUCGGACCGCGGGAAUCUUUCCGGAAAUCCUUUGAUAUCUAUAGCUUAGGGGUGGUGAUGGUUGAGCUCGCACACUGGGCAACUAUUGACAAAGUUCUGGAGUUGCAGAUGGAAGGCAGGAUGCGUGUAAUGAACCGGGUUAGAGAGAUGCUGUUGGGUGAAGACAGGUUACAUGAAGUUGGUGCUAACAUGGGGGAGCUAUACGAGGCUGCCACCAAGAAGUGCAUCGCAGGCGGCAUGGAGUUGGGUAUUAGAGAGGUGGAGGAUGAAAGGAGCGAUGCAUCAGCCUCCAGAAUGUCUAUGGUCUUCUAUGAGGACGUGGUAAAGAAGCUGGGGGAUGUGAGGGUCUAA